GCUCUCUGAAAGAAAUGAAUGGAGCGGUCUCAUUACUAUGUUUUCAAAUGAUUAAAUAAGCGAGCGUUAUUUUUCCAAUUUGUUGGCAUCUAUUAGAGCGAGGUGGAGAUUAUUUUGGACGGCGACGCUCACCCGGAAAUACGUAGUGUUUGGUAAGCGGUGUCAUGUGCUAACCGCUAGUUAGCUCGAUAGCUAACGGCUAACUAGCUUCACAUACUCGCUGUGUGGUUUAGUCGCAGAGAUUAGCUUCUGCGUGCCAGCACAAACACGGGAUUUCUUCGGUGUCUGGCACAUGUUCAUAAAACAGACGCGUUGAAUCUGCGGAGCGUGUUGUAAAUAUCUAGGUGUAGUAGAUAGCUUUACUUAGCGCUAAGUGCCGGGACUUUAUGCAAAUGAGAUAUCUUGAAACCGACAUUGGCGCGAGUCAAAUUCCGAACACUGUGGUCUCGCGUGACCGUGUCUCUCCUUCCGCCCAGAGGCAUGGCGGCCUCGUUGCCUCAGAAGGCGGGGAUGGCCGGGAUGGCCGGGAUGCCCCCUCAGCAGCAGCAGCAGCCCCACCUGCCCCCCAGCGCCGCCUCGGCUGCAGGGCAGCAGCCCCCCCAGGGAGCCCUGAGGGAGAUCUCCCCGGUGUUCCUCUGUCGGAUCGGACAGGAGACCGUCCAGGACAUCGUCACGCGCACCAUGGAGAUCUUUCAGAUCACGAGAUCUGCGCAGCUCCCCAACGGUGUGACCCAGGGACAGGCGAUGUACCAGGACCGCUUCGGGAAGCUCCAGGAACACCUCCGGCAGCUCGCCCUGCUGUUCCGAAAGCUCCGGCUCCUGUACGAACGCUGUGUGGAGAUGACCUCUGACCUGCAGGAGGAGCCAUCAGAGGUCAGUAAGCUUCUGCCAUAUGUUGGAGAGGAGCUGGUCACUAUCAAAGUGGAGCCCUGCAGCGCCGCUGUCAACCAGGAGAGAAAAGAGGUCCUCCAGAAGGUACGCCUGAAGAACCAGGAGAUGAAGAUUCUGAUGGAUCAGAUGAGGAACCUGUUGUGGGACGUCAACGCCAUGCUGACGCUCAGGAAGUACUAGUCCCGCUCCAGCCGCACUCUCUUUUCUUUUUGAGAGAGCCAUUCCUCCACAGACGUACGGACCAGUUGAACUGAGGGGACAUUUCUGUUUGAUUUGGAUUACGGGACCUUUCUCCUUCGGGUGCACCUCCUUUGUGUCGGCGCUUCAUCGCCGAAACUCAGAAGUCACUCGCGGUUCACAGAGCUGCUAUUUAUUUUUGUAUAUUGAAGUUGUUGGCGGGGGAAACUAUAACAAUAGGAUAAUAAUACUUGACGGGCGCUUUGAAAAAAAGGACAACCUGCUACGCUCCAACUGCAACCAUCAUUCUCUUUUUUAUAUGUAUAUAUUUUUAUAACAAGGCAUCUGACAGCCCAGUUAAAUGUGUGACCAGCGCUCCACAACUGUUAUUGUGUCAGUGUUUAUUCUCACCACUUAUGGACUUUUGCUCUUUUUAUAGAGUUGAAAUAAUGAGUUGAGACCUGUUUUCCCUCGGCGUGAAAAAAACGUUUAGUCCAAGUUAUAACAAAAAUAAAAUAAAAAGCUUUAUUCAUGGUG